GCCAUCUCUCGACUGGCACGGCUUGAUCUACGUGUUCCCGGUCAGACGCGACUUUUUCAUCCGGCCGCGCUUGUUUAUUGGGCUCUAGCGGGUAUGAGACUUGAGUGAGUGUCGAGCUAUGUAUUGGUUAUAUCCAUUUAUUAACGUGACCGCCAGGUUUGCUACGGUCUGCGACCUUGUUGAGCUUAAGAAGUUUUCGGCGGUCGACCUAUCGCCAAAAAUCGAUGGCCUUGCGGAGGGAUGGCAAAGUUCCGACAUUCCAUUCGCCAUGACAAUACCCAUUUCGGAAUUCGAGGACAUGUUCCAGGCCGAGAUCGAUCCGCGAGGACCGCCAACCGCAGCCACAACCGCAGCUCAUUCAAAGGAUGAUGACAGCGCGAGUACCCCCGGAGAUGGCGCGUCCCAAACGAACGACGAACAACAGCAUCACAGCGCACAAUCGCCGGGAUUUUAUCAUCCGGGCUCGAUGAGAGCCGCACUCUCGUCAUACGACAGCAUCACUGUUCCGGUGGAUUCUGAGCCCAACGCCGGAAAUGGCGAGGCGGAUUCUCGCUGCCACGGGCGAGAGUCUGCUACCUCCAUGUGUGACGCCCAGGGCUCCCAAACAGCUCAUGUGGAAUCGGCUGCAGUAGACGGCCUACGAUGUUCGUCCCCAUUCAACAUCGGGACAAACUCGCCUCCUGCGACCGAAACAGCCUCACGCGGCUGGGAGGAGAGCAGAGCCACCAUCUUCCAGUCUAUCAACGCCAACGGCAUGACAACAUCAAAGGAUCAAGAGGCGGACGAACUUUAUCAGAGCACCUCGGGCGGGGUUCUGGCAGCUCGAGAGGCGUCGUCCCUCUACUUGCUGGCUGAUGCGGCCGGGCGGGGACGCGAGGAGCGGCGUUAUGCGGAGGUUGCUCCAAUCUCUGGACCUGAUCGCGGUGGACAGUCGACUUCAAGCCGACCAAACAAGGACCAAAAAAUGGGUCAAGUGGCGACGGUUCACAGCAACUUGGGUGCGACUUUAUCCCUAGCUAUACCACCUUCCCGACUCGGCACCGAGACACAAUUGCCAUCAGCAAGCGGGAGCCAGCCCGGACAAUUGCAUAGUCCCGCAGGGUUCUCCGGAUCUUCGCCGUCGGAGACUCAGUCGCCAUCACCUUUAGAGCAGGUUCUGAGUGAACGAAGCCAGGAGAGAGUGUCCCAUUGUGGGCUAUGGCCUAACUCUCUGCCAGAUGUUAUUCCGUGUGGAAACUACAUCAGUGAUGAAGCAUUGCUGAUGAGUAUCUGUAAGUAAUAUUAUUCACGGUGGGAAUAGCUGCUAACUUGUCAGUUCGGGAACGUAUUUACUCCACGCGGACACUUCUUGAAGAAAACUCAUACAGGAUACCGCUCGUCAUGGCGGACGGGUCAACUGAAGUCAAGGCCGCUGCCCUCUAUCUGGCUUCAACUUAUGCCCGUCAUCUCCAUAACUGGGAAGUUA